AUUCAUUCAGUCGAUCACAUCCGAAGUUCUCGCUCCCAGUCUUACCGAAGUUUCUCACCCCAGCCACAGGUUGGUGCAUCCGCGACGAUUUUGUCUGUGCAUUUAAAGUUUCAAAACUGUUGAAAACCCUGUUUUGUGCAGUGCCCAGAGGGUACAUCGCCCAGAUUGUGGACAAAAUGAAGACAGACGACAAAAAUACAACGCCAAAACUGCGGAUUGCUGUCAUCGGCAAAUCUAACGUUGGAAAGUCAGCUCUUACCGUUAGAUACUUGACGAAAAGGUUCAUUGGAGAAUACAGGAGUAAUACAGAUCUCCUUUACCGGCAAGUCAUCACUUUAAACAAGUCUCCUUUGGAGGUAGAGAUUGUUGACGUAUGUAGCUGUGACAUCCAAGCUUUCCCUGAGGAGGCGAUAUAUUGGGCGGAUGCGUGUGCCGUAGUUUACGACAUUACUUGCAGAAAUUCCUUCACACAAGCCACAGAUAUGCUGCAGAAAGUUUUACAUCUGAGAAGUCACAUUCCGACGAUGCUUCUAGGGAAUAAAGUUGAUCUCGAACACCUACGACAAGUCGAGGAAGUGGAGGGUCGCACGUUAGCGAUCCAAAGCAACUGUCAAUUCUACGAAGUAUCAGUCGCGGAAAACUCAGCGGAAAUCUAUUCAGCAUUCGACACGAUUCUAAACGAGUGUCGCUCAGCACUGAGGACUCAGAAAACGAGAAAGUUCUCCGUUACGAAAAUGCUUGGAACCCUAAUCGGCAAUUGCAACAAGGCACCAGUCGCCAACCAGGGAGGAACCGUCGUCGUCUGCCACAAAUCAGACCUUUAUAAGGCACGAAUACUCAGAAGGAGGCAGAACUUCACGGCGACGGUGUCCCUAUGACCCACCGCUAACGAAGAGCUAGAAUCUCGUUAAUUUUUUUUUCUGAGGCUUGAAGACUUUGGUGGCUUCUUAGUUUUAUAAGGAGCUCUGAUAUUAUAGUAUGUAAGAAGAAUGAACUUUGGUGAUAGCGCAUAUGCGAAAUGUGGUAUUUUUUUUAGGUUUUUGUAUGUAAAAGAGCGCCGUUUGGGCUAAAAAAUUAGAUAGAAUGGAAUUUUGAUCACAAAAUGGACGUUUUACUGACUUAAAAUGGCGCCCAAUUUAGACAUAUUUUAUUUUAAUCAUGAAAUUAUGUAUACAGCAACAUAGACAUCAUACCUAACUAUCUUUCAAAGUAAUUAUAGAUGAAAUUAAUUAUAGAUAAAAUAAUGUUUGAGUAUGAUUUGAGUAAAAGUAAGAUAAAAAUUAUCAAAAAGGUUUUGCUUUUGUUACAAAAUUCAGUGUUUAUUUAUUUUUGUAGAACUAAAUGAGAAUUUGUGACAUCAUUUCAUUGAUUAAAUUAAAAUAGUCUAUGACUUUUUUGUAUUAUGAAAAUAAAGGAGACAAUUCGACUGAUAUUUACCAGUGUACACUGGAGAAUACGGAACUGACACUAAAAUUGGCAGAAAUUUUUGAUAGAAAGUUUGUAACUCUAAAUAAUGGAGGAUUUCGGUCUCCUGAAUUUUCUCUUUAAAACAGAGAUGCGCUUGAAACUCCUUUUUGGUGCGUUUUUGUAUUUAGAUAUCUAGAAAAGUUGCAUCUCUGUUACUGUGAAUAAUAGUUGUGUAGUUUAAAUACCGUUAUCAAGGAUUACGACCGUGCAAAAACUGUUUUGUUUAUUUAUUGUAACAACGAAUCGUUGUAGGUGUUUUUGUAUGGUACACUAGAUUUUUAGGCACCAAGUGCCAACUGCAAAGUUUUAUUCGCUGUUUACAUAUACAUUUAAGACCAAUUGUUCAACAAUUAUUAUUAGAAAAACGCAAGAGAUGUAAACUAUAUCAAAAGUAUUCAAUCUUAAAUUUUACAUUUGUACAAUAUGAGAUGUUUGUACUAUAAAUUUAAUAGUAUACAAGAGAAUUUGAGAAUGUUUUUAUAACAUAUAAAAUAGAUAAAAAAAAUGACUUAAUUUCAAGAACUUAACAAGAAAAAAUUAAUCUUAUUGAUACAUAAAAUAAUAAGAAAAUACUUUGAAAUUAUCAAAAAAUGAUAAAAAUAUAUCCGGAAUUACGUUUCUACUGAAUUGUGGUAGCAUUUUAAACUAGAUGACAUUUUUGGCGACCUUUUUUUUGGCACAAUUCUGUAAUACUGAAUAUUGUAGAAAAAUAUCCAGUAAAACGAUUAUUGAUAAAUCUGUUUGAUGCUAGGAAAGCAUAUUUAUAUAUUAUAAAUGCAUUCUCGGGAUCAUUUAAUAUUUUUGCAAUAUCUGAUCUCUUUAAAUUAGAUAAAAACUUUUAUUUAAAGAAAGUUUUCGUCUUUUCUAUUUGUAUUUGUAUAAAGGAUGUUUGAAAAUUCCUUUUGGGUGGCACGUUGCCAUUGUUUUAUAAGAAAAUUUGUCAAUUUGUUGGGUUUAUUCACCCUGAUUUGUAUUUGUCAAGUUGUUUUUUGGAAAAUUUGAUUUUUAUACAUGUUGUGUUCAUUCAGUUUAUAUUUUGAGCCUACGAGAGAAGAAUUUGAGUUUUUACGGUAAUAAAUAAAGGAAUGGGUAGAUCUGGUAGUCAAAAUUUGGAUUAUUGUUUUUAAAUUAUUUUUGAAUUCGAGUUAUUGAUAGAAAAAGUUGAAUGCUUCUCUGUGUUGUAGGUUAUAUAUUUUUUUAUACAUUUCUGUGUGCUAAAAGAGGCUGUGAUAUAAAAAUGUAUGUUUUUUGUAUUGUAAAAAAUAUGAUAAGAUUAGACCUAUUUAUGUUGAAAAUAAAUUUAUAUUAUUUACUU